CAUUUUUCAGUUUUUCAGUCGACUUCCAGUCGGAGUCCCAGACAAACGUCUCAUACAUUCAACAACUCAUCGCAAAAAAACAUGAAUUUAAUUUCAAUUACACUAAUCGUGUGCUUAAUUCAAGUGUCAUUCGCGGCAUACAUUGACACCACCGGCGCCGACACCACCCUAUCGGAAGUCAUCGUAGAGUCGGAGUCGGAGAACCUCUUCACCGAUAAGCACCAGAAACUGCAGUCAGAUCUGGACGACGAGGACGAGGAUAACGGCGACUCCGACCACGACAUCAGCAAUCAGGACGACGACUUAGACGCCAAGCCGGAGCUGACGCCCGUCCAGGAGCUCGGACCGGACGAGUCGGACCUACCCGUGCAGCCGGCUGUCGACCAGAAUAGGCCACAAAUCCCCGGCUCGUCAGAUCCCUUGCCUCAGCCAGACUACAGCGCUGUCAGUGGCAGAGGGUAUCCGCAGACGUGCCACAGCGGGCAAUACCAGUGCCAGAAAACCGAUCCCACGGCACCUACACGUUGCAUACCGCAGGAGUGGCGGUGCAAUGGUAUGCGAGACUGCGAGAACUCGGACGACGAGAGCGGCUGCAGUACGGAUCAGCUGAGUCGUGGCCGAUCACCCCAUCAGAAGUGCACUCAGGAGCAGUACCAGUGCCACGGCACCGGCAUCAACUCCGUGCCCUCCCAGUGCAUCGAGAGUCGACACGUCUGCGACGGAACCUACCAUUGCUCGUACGGUGACGACGAGGCCAACUGUGGCGCCAGAAGGGAUGAGCGCCGGGAGGACAGGCGUACCGAUGAUCGUAGGGAUGACCGACGAGAUCCGCAGCAUUACCCCAAUUACGCCCAUACGAGACGAUACGAGACGGCCGUCAAUAGUAAUGAUCAGACGGUCGCCAAUAGAGCGCCGGAUCCGGUAGAUCGGUAUCGACCGCAACCUCCCGCUCAGCCUCAGCCUCAGCCCAAUGAUAGGAAAUCCGAGGAAUACGUUCAGCGCCUGGAGUGGAGGGACCGGUGCUUCCGAUCGUGUCUCAAAUAUUAAGAUAAAUUGCGAUUUUUCAUGAUUUUUACGACACUUUGAUGUUUGCGUUGGAUUUAUGGAGAAAUGAGUUUAAAGUCUAAACAUUUGAUAAGAUUUUGUUUUUGAUAGCAUUGAAUGCCUUUUAAUAUAAUAUUAUGAAAUAAAUUUUUUUCUCAUUUCAAUACCGG